AUGGACUGCGAGCUCGACCCGAGAACCGGAGGCAGAUCAUCGAGACACAGCCGCACCUCCACGCCGUACCAGAAAGCACGUCUAGAAGUCGACCCCUCCAUCGAGCUCCUCUCGUCGGGCUGCUUCUUCCGUCGUUCUCUUCUUCUUUUCUUGGGCCUCGCGGGGGGUUCGAUUCGCUCGGUUUUUCCUCUUCCGCCUUGGAGCUGCGGCGGUGUGUGCGGGUGGGGGUUGCGGAGGUGCCUUGGCCUCCGGUGGUGCGUCGGCUUGGGUGGCGCCGCGGUGGCCGCCCGCCUCCUGCGUGGAGGCUGUUUCUUCCCGCUGCUAUAUGCCAAGGUUGCUCUCUGUACAUCUGAAAACAUGAUUUCAUUGUGCACAGCUGGCGAUCCCAUUAUUCCUUCAUGGUUUCCGGGGCUUGGACAGCAACACUCUCGUGUUAUUUGUCCUAAUUUUCAAAGUGUUGCUGUCUCCUUCCCUCUGCUACAUCGCCGCUGUUGUCGUUCCUAUAUAGCACGUGGAAGGUCAUAUUGAUGGUGUGGCGCACUGAAGGCGGAUCGUCACAGGGUAAAUGGUACUAUAGCCAUGGCUAACUUUCAGCUUCAUAUGCUGCUUAGCUGAAGUUGUGAGAUGAGGGUAUUACGUCCUUCAACUAUGCAAAUGCACCACAUAUAUUUAUGCUACUUGUGUCAUAUUAUUUGGGUUCUCAUCUCAAUGUGUAAAUGCUUUAUUGCAUGUCAGCCCUCGCUUUUCGCAAAUAAUUUGAGGCGCCCCAAAAUCACCCAACAAAGACGUUGGAAAUAUUAAUGUAUGCAUGUUUGGAGCA